UUUACAGUAAUUGUUAUGGCAAGCAUCCGCUUCGUUUCCUCGAGUAUCAUCCAGGCUGAAAGCUCCGGGAAAGAAACUGACAGGAUUGAGCUAACUCCAUGGGAUCUUCAACACCUUUUAGUAGGCUACCUACAGGGGGGAUUGCUUUUCCAUAAGCCUAAACCGCAAGAGGAACGACAGAAGGCCUUGAUCCACCACUUGGAAACCUCUCUUUCACGUACGCUAGACUUCUUUUCCCCGCUUGCUGGUCGCAUUGCCAUCAUUGAACAUGAAGAUAAAACCACUUCUUUUUUCAUUGACUGCAACAACGCUGGAGCCUUAUUUGUCCAUGCUGUAGCUGAGAAAGUAACCAUUUCUGAUCUCAUUGAACCCGUCUAUGUUCCUGAAACUUUUGACUCUUUUUUCCAAUUGGAUGGGAUUAAGAAUAUAGAGGGUACUUUGAAGCCAUUGCUUGCAGUUCAAGUAACUGAGCUUGUGGAUGGUAUCUUCAUUGCCUGCAGCAUCAACCAUUCUGUUGUUGAUGGUGCUUCGUUUUGGCUUUUUUUUAAUUGUUGGUCAGAAAUUUCUCGUGGUUCUGAUCAUUUACCUAAACCUCCCAUAUUUCGACGACCGCUUCUUGAUAGUACAAAUUAUCCCAUUCGCAUUCCUCUAAUAAAAGAGCAAGUUAAAGAUCAGUUCAUUCCACCACCAUUGCAAGUAAAAAAAUUCUAUUUCACUAAACAGAACAUUGUGAAAAUCAAAACAAAAGCUAAUGCUGAGAUGAACACUAACAAGAUUUCCUCUCUUCAAGCACUCUUGUCACUUUUUUGGUUGUCCAUUAUGCGCAAUAGGCACCUUGAUCCCAAUCAAGAGACCACCAUUUUUAUAGUAAUUGGUCUUAGACAAAAAUUGAAGCAGCUGCCAGAACAAUAUUUUGGAAACGCAAUUCAGAGUGCAAUGGUAACUUUGAAAGCAGGGGAGCUGGUCGAGAAAGGGCUUGGAAACGCAGCAUGGCAAAUAAACAAGAUUGUUACCAAUCACACACAGGAAAAAUUCAUGAACUUUUUGGAGUCUUGGGCAAAGAGUCCUAGGCUAUACCAAACAGGUCAAAUGAUGGAUAAUGCUUUGUUAACAGCCAAUUCACCAAGGUUCGAUAUUUAUGGCAAUGAUCUUGGGUGGGGAAGACCGAUUGCAGCGGAUCAUGGGGCAGGGAGCAGGCUUAGUGGGAUGUUGGUAGCGUCUCGUGGAGUGGAAGAAGGAAGUAUUGAGAUUAAAAUUUGCCUCUCGCCUGAGACAUUUCAGGCCAUGGAAAAUGAUGAAGAGUUCAUGGCUGCAUUAACCAUAUGAUAUCGGUCCUCCACUGUUAUUUUUAAUCACCUAAUGC